AUGGUGAUGGAAUUUCAGCAUCUCCUUCUGCUUCUUUGGUUUCUAAUUCCAAUCCUAUAUCUGUUUCUUCACAAGUUUAUUUUGAGAAAAAAAUCUCAAAUUUCAAAACCCAACUUAACUGCUGAAAAGCCAAGGCUACCGCCAGGAAGAUCAGGCUGGCCUCUUGUAGGUGAAACAUUGGAUUUUUUCUCCAAAGCUAACCAAGGUUGCCUUCAUAAGUUCGUAGCAGAUAGGAGGAAGAAAUAUUCCUCCAAUAUUUUCAGGACAUCAUUGAUUGGAUUCCCUGUGGCCAUCUUAUGUGAUGCUGAGGGCAACAAAUUUCUGUUCUCCAACGAGAAUAAGCUUUUCAAGCAUUGGUUGCCAAGCGCAUUUGACAAACUCUUUCCCAAGUCAAAUAACAAGCUCAACACUAACCACUCAAAAUCACUGCGUAAACUCCUGGCGUUCAUUCUUAAGGGCGAUGUGCUUCGAGAGUACGUUGGUGAAAUGGAUGAAGUAAUGAAACAUCAUCUGCAAACAGAUUGGAAUUGCGAAAGAGUAAAGGUUAGUGAUGUUGCAAGAAAGUUUGUAUUGAAAUUGGAAUGUCAUAUAUUCUUAGGAAUCGAGAAUCAAGGAAAGAUUGAUAAACUUCUAAAGGGUAUCGAGGAGGUAACGGAUGGUAUGCAUUCAAUACCCUUAGAUGUUCCAGGAUCAGCUUUCCGUCGCGCCAUUAAAGCAUCAAAGCUGAUGCGGGAAGAGUUUGAGGAAAUGAUUAGGCAAAGAAAGAUUGACCGCCUGGAUUCAUCUUCAGGAAAAGACUUCAUAUCUCACGCUCUUCAAGCUACAGAUGACAAUGGACAGUUGUUUAAUGAAGCAGACAUUGCUAGCCAUUUACUAGGUGCGCUUCAGGCUGCCUAUGGAACCUUACACCACAGAAUCACCAACAUCAUGAUGUAUCUAACAGAGCAUCCAGAUGUUUAUAACUUGGUCUUAAGAGAGCAAAAAGAAAUUGCACGUCUAAAGAAAUCAAAAGACAGACUCAGUUGGGAGGAUCUAAGGAAGAUGAAGUAUUCAUGGAAUGUUGCAUGUGAAGCUCUGAGACUGAAAUCACCAGCACUCGGGGGAUUCAAGGAGGCAAUUACUGAUGUGGACUAUGGAGGAUAUACAAUCCCUCAAGGAUGGAUGAUGCACUGGAAUGCGCAUGCCACGCACAUGAACCCAGAAUACUUUCCUAACCCUGAAAAGUUUGAUCCAUCAAGGUUCCAAGGGGAUGGUGGUCCAUCUUCUUAUACAUUUGUCCCCUUUGGGGGAGGAGCACAUAUGUGCCCUGGAUAUGAAUAUGCAAGGCUAGCCAUAUGCAUUUUUCUGCAUAAUGUGGUGACUAAGUUCAGAUGGGAAAAGCUGAUUCCCAAUGAGAAGAUCUUGCAUUAUCCAAUUCCCCGCCCAGCCCAGGGCCUUCCAGUUCUCCUUUAUCCUCUUGCAAUAUAA